AUGGCAACGAAAAUUAACAGUAACGAGAAAGAACAGAAGCACCAAAUUGUUGGAGGAGGAGGAGAAACAUUAGAGGAAGGUGAUGAUAUUCUGAAGAAGAGAAUUGCUUGCCAUUCUUUGUACGGGCUUCUGGUUGAGACUCACUUGAACUGUUUGAAGGUGUGCGUAGGAAACAUCACUGACAUUGGCAGAAUUCAAAAAAUUGGCCAGCAAGCUCAUAAUCAACCUAGUUUUUCUACUGUGGAUCAAACGGAACUGGACCAGUUCAUGGAAGCAUAUUGCAUGGCACUAAGCAAGUUAAAAGACGCGAUAGAGGAACCCCAAGAAGAAACCAUGGCGUUCAUCAACAGCAUGCACUCUCAACUUAAAGAACUAAUGGAGCUCCCCUUCACAGCUGCUUUACCAACCACCACAUCCUCUGGUAAGCAAAUUUAUGCUACACCAUCUUAA